CGAUCAUGCACGAUCAUACGAUGUAGUCCAUAUCGAAGGUAUGGUGUAGGAUUUAUUGUAAACAACCGAAGAAAAUAACGUUUUUAAGUAAAACUGGAAGUUAAGACAGGAAAGUGUUAUUCAUAUCCCAUUUAAAGGAAAAUGGUUUAACAGGGAGAAGUUUGUAUGACCAUAAUGUGGCACACAGCCUUUAUAUCUUCACAAGCGUUUAGAAAUGUGGCACAGAGUGGAUUGUUAAAUGGUGUAAAGGUUCCACUAUGCAGACACUACUCUCAUGGACACAGGUCAUUGAUCAGGAGACUUGAAAGGUUCACAUUUAGGCUGCAGCAGAAAGGAUGGAGUUCUGUGACAGGCAGUGGUGAUCAAGGACAAAAUGAUCAGGGAUCUGGACAGCAAACAGAAGAAGCUGUUGUAAGUGACAAGACUGCUAAACUUGGUUCAGACAGUUAUUUCAACAAGGAAAUUUUACGCAGAAUCAAAAAGAAGCAAACAGAACAGUACUUUAUUUACACGGAAAACAAUUUAAUGGAUAUACAGAUUGCUAAAGUGGAAUACCUUUUGGAAGAUAAAGAUUUUGAGAAGCUUGUGAAGAUCAGAAGAAGCAGUCCUUACAGCUCUAGAAGUGCAGGACAUAGUGAAGAUGGUGCAGUAUUUAUUGAGUGUGCCUGGACCCAGGACAUUGAGAAACUAGCAAUUGAAAAGUGGGGAAGCUUAGAGAAAUUACAACGAGAGAAACUUCUCAGACAGUACAGAGGUUGGCCAGGAUCUUCAUAUGUAGCCAGCAACAAGAAACCGACAUUCUAUGCAAAGAUGUUGGAAUCAUUUGGUAAAGACUCAGGGGCUGUGGUGCUGGUAGCGCUUCUUAUGAAUAUGUUCAAUGCGGGAUUUAAAGGUGGGGUAUGGAUACUAACAGGGUCUCCCAGUAUGUUCUCCGAGUUCAUGCAUUCCUGUGGAGACACAAUGAACCAGCUUUUCCUGGCCAUAGGAAGAUACCUGUCUCUACAACAUCCAGACGCUAGUCAUCCGUAUGGUUACAGAAAUCAUGUACAUAUCUGGUCAAUUCUCAGUGGAGUGAUGAUCUUCAGUCUGGGUUGUGGUCUAACAUUGUACCAUGGUAUUCUCGGCAUUUUACAUCCAAUUGUCAUAGACCCAAACAGCCUUAAAUGGGCUCUGUAUGUAUUGGGAGGAACACUUGCAACAGAAUCAGCAUCACUGGGUUAUGCAAUAUUAGAAAUCUCAAGGAAAGCAAAGUCUGCUGGCAUGUCUUUUGUAUCAUUUGUGAAAGAUGGGGAUGACCCACUAUGCAAUGUUGUGUUGUUAGAGGAUGCUGCAGGAGUUAUUGGAGUCAUUAUAUGUGCAACUGCCAUGACUGGUAGUUACAUAUUAGGAAUGCCACUGUUGGAUGCUAUUGGCUCAUUGGUGAUCAGUGGUAUGUUAGGAGGUGUCUCGGCAUUUCUGUUUAAAACUAAUGCUGACAGACUCUUGGGCAAGGCAUUACCAUAUGAAGCAGAAAUCAAGAAGUAUAUGGAAAGUGAUAGAUUUAUAAAUGCUGUUUUGGACAAUAAGACACUAGAUUUUGGAGAUGAAAGCCGUUUUAAGUCAGAGGUAGUCUUGGAUGCCAAGUUGAUUACGAAACAUUUUCUCAAUACAGAAGUAGACAUGGAUGCAAUGCUGGUUAAAUGGAAGGGUGUGAAUACAACAGAUGACAUGGAGAAAUUUCUUGAAGAAUUUGGUUCCCAGAUUUAUGAUCAGAUUGUUGCACAUGUAGAUAGAAAGGAGCAAGAUAUAAAGAAAAAGUUUCCGGAAAUCCGACACAUUGACAUAGAGCCAAGCUGAUUUUGGAUAUUGUGUAUUUCUAAACAUGGAAAAUCAUCGAGCAAGCGCCAAAAUCAUUGAGGAGUCAGUAAGCAGAACCAAGUUGUUUUACUGGUUCUUACUGUCAGUCAUUCCAGCUUUCCAUGUAGUCAACAGGCCUGGUACCCAGCAUUGUAGAUGUACAGUUGCCCAUACAAAGUUGGGAGAUGACAUUUAUGAGUCAUUGAUGUGCCUGUUGAAGAAAUACUUUGGUCGUUAAUCCCAUAUAAACUUUGUGUUCCUAGAUUGUUUAGUUAACUUAGCAAGAUUUGGAAUGUUUCAUGCAGUCAGGUAGUUGUACUUCUGCAGUCAAGCAAUUGUACUUGUCACUAAAAACACAUUACCAUGAUAACAAAACAUUUAAGUGGUGUAAGAAAUAGAUAAUUAUUUUUAGCUCACCUGAGCACGAAGUGCUCAAAGGUGAGCUUUAGUGAUCACCCUGUGUCCGGCGUCCGUCGUCGUCCGUCCGUCGUCAACAAUUUGACUGUUAACACUCUAGAGGUCACAUUUUUGGCCCAAUCUUAAUGAAACUUAGUCAGAAUGUUACCCUCGAUAAAAUCUUGGAUGAGUUCGAUAUUGGGUCAUCUGGGGUCAAAAACUAGGUCACCAGGUCAAAUCAAAGGAAAAGCUUGUUAACACUCUAGAGGUCACAAUUUUGGCCCAAUCUUAAUGAAACUUGGUCAGAAUGUUACCCUCAAUAAAAUCUUGGACGAGUUUGAUAUUGGGUCAUCUGGGAUCAAAAUCUAGGUCACCAGGUCAAAUCAAAGGAAAAGCUUGUUAACACUCUAGAGGUCACAAUUUUGACCCAAUCUUAAUGAAACUUGGUCAGAUUUAUCCUUAAUAAAGUCUUAGACGAGUUUGAUAUUGGGUCAACUGGGGUCAAAAACUAGGUCACCAGGUCAGAUCAAAGGAAAAGCUUUUUAACACUGUAAAGGCCGCAUUUAUGAGUAUAUCUUCAUGAAACUUAGUCAGAAUGUUAAACGUCAUGAUCCUAAGGUCAGGUUCGAAUCUGGGUCAUGUAGGAUCAAAAACUAGGUCACCCGGUCAAAUCAAAGGAAAAGCUAAUUAACACUGUAGAGGCCAUAUUUAUGACCGUAUCUUAAUGAAACUUGGUCAGAAUGUCUAUCUUGGUGAUCUUUAGAUCAAGUUUAAAUCUGGGUCAGCUGGGGUCAAAAACUAGGUCACUAGGUCAAAUCAGAGGAAAAGCUUGUUAACACUCUAGAGGCCACAUUUAUGACUAUAUCUUCAUGAAACUUAGUCAGAAUGUUAAACUUGAUGAUCUUUAGGUCAAAUUCGAAUCUGGGUCAUGUUGGGUCAAAAACUAGGUCACGGGGUCAAAUCAAAGGAAAAGCUUGUUAACUCUCUAGAGGCCACAUUUAUGACUGUAUCUUCAUGAAACUUAGUCAGAAUGUUAAACUUGAUGAUCUUUAGGUCAAGUUCGAAUCUGGGUCAUGUUGGGUCAAAAACUAGGUCACGGGAUUAAAUCAAAGGAAAAGCUUGUUAACACUCUAGAGGCCACAUUUAUGAUUGUACCUUCAUGAAACUUAGUCAGAAUGUUAAACUUGAUGAUCUUUAGGUCAGGUUCGAAUCUGGGUCAUGUUGGGUCAAAAACUAGGUCACGGGGUCAAAUCAAAGGAAAAGCUUGUUAACUCUCUAGAGGCCACAUUUAUGACUGUAUCUUCAUGAAACUUAGUCAGAAUGUUAAACUUGAUGAUCUUUAGGUGAAGUUCGAAUCUGGGUCAUGUUGGGUCAAAAACUAGGUCACGGGGUCAAAUCAAAGGAAAUGCUAGUUAACACUUAUUUAUGACCAUAUCUUAAUGAAACUUGGUCAGAAUGUUCAUCUUGAUGAUCUUUAGGUCAAUAGGUCAGGUGAGCGAUACAGGGCCUUCAUGGCCCUCUUGUUUUAGUUAUUUUAAUAGAAUUUUAUUUGAGAUAUAAGCAGUUAUAUUUCAUCAACUAAAUAUGAGCAGUAUAGAUUUAUUACGAACAAGGUAUAAGUGUGUGUUUUAAAGUCUAGAAUCUGAGUUUAGUAAAGGUUGAGGACAUCUUAAUAUUAGGUUGUGGUCUUUAACCAGACCCAUUUUGUAGUUUUGUAUUUUUGUUGUUGAUAUUGAUUUUUAAUAAGCUGACCUCAUUUUUUUUUUGUCUCAUGCAUUGAUAAUGUGACCUCACAGGACAACUUACAUAUUUCUAGCUUCUGUUUUGUCAAAAUUAUGCCUCUUUUUUUUACUUAAUUUUUUUGGUGGAAGUUGUGCAUGAAAACAUGUUUCUCAGAAAAAUUACCAUGGCGAAAUGCUUUUGAAUUUCCACUGUUCGUGAUCAUGAUCUCUUACAGGACAAGUUACAUAAGUUCUAUGUUGUCAAAAUUAUACCCCUUUUCACUUGAAAUUUUGGUGAAAUUUUUUGCAUGUUAGCAGGUUACUUUGAACCUACUUCAUCGAAUGCUUCAAACAGAUCACAGGUCUUUGGCAUCAUGAAAUGACCAUUCUGAACUAGGGUUCAUAUCUUUGACAUAAGCUAUGUCCCUUUUUUCAUUUUCACUUUUAUAUGUAAGAUAUUAUUAUGUUCAAAAGUCUCAAAUACUCAAGCAGCUUUUGUUUAAUAUAAUUAAAGUUACAUUUGGAACAGACAGGCUUACAUAUUUUUUUAUUAUUAUGGUGCAAAUAAAGGAUUUAGGAAUGUGGCAAUGUGAUUUUUAAAUCAGACUGGUAUUUAUUUGUUUAUAAACUUUAUGCUUACCUAUUAUCACUUUGUUUUACAUUUUUUUUUUCAAACUUUUGAAGACUAUUCUCUCCAUUUUUAUAUCAAACUGAAUGAGAAAGUAUUCACUCCAUUCCAUUUUAUGUAAAACUGUGGAAAAUUAAAUUCACUCCAUUUUUAAAUGCAUAUUUUGCAACUGCAGCAAUGCUUUUAAUGCUGCAUAAAAAUUAAAUUGAAUAAUUGACAAAAUAGAUAGUAAGCAUAAUUCCAUGUUUGGAAAACACUACUUUUUAUGCCCCUGAAGGGAGACAUAUUAGUUUUCAACUGUCCGUUCGUUCGUUAGUCACAACGUUAACUUUUUGCAUGAAGGCACUUUACUCUCGAACCACUGCACCCAGGACCUUCAAACUUCACAUGCUGAUAGUACUCAUUCAGUACACCACCCCUACUGACUUUGGGGUCAAAGGUCAGGGUCACAGGGGCCAACGUUAACUUUUUGCAUGAAGGCACUUUACUCGCGAACCACUGCACCCAGGACCUUCAAACUUCACAUGCUGAUAGUAUUCAUCAAGUACACGACCCAUACUGAAUUUGGGGUCACCAGGUCAAAGGUCAGGGUCACAGGGGCCAAUGUUAACUUUUUGCAUGAAGGCACUUUACUCGCGAACCACUGCACCCAGGACCUUCAAACUUCACAUGCUGAUAGUAUUCAUCGAGUACACGACCCAUACUGAAUUUGGGGUCACCAGGUCAAAGGUCAGGGUCACAGGGGCCAAUGUUAACUUUAUGCAUGAAGGCACUUUACUCGCGAACCACUGCACCCAGGACCUUGAAACUGCAUGUGCAGUUAGUACUUAUUGAGAACACGACCCUUACUCACUUUGAGGUCACCAGUUCAAAGGUCAAGGUCAGAGGGGCCAAUGUUAACUUUUUGCCUGAAGGCACUUUACUCGCAAACCACUGCACCAAGGACCUUCAGACUUCACAUGAUAAUAGUACUUAUUGAGUACACGACCCCUAUUGACGUUGGGGUCACCACAUCAAAGGUCAAGGUCACCAGGUCAAAGGUCAAGGCACUGCGGGUGCAUUUUUCACCAUUAGUGACAGCUCUUGUUAGGUUGACUAUUUGACAUCAUGAAAUGAUCUCCCAGGACAAGUUAAAUAACUCUAGCUUUUAUUUUGGCAAAAUUAUGCACCUUUUUAACGUAGAAAUUUUGUGACAGUUUUGCAUGUAAGCACGUUUCUCAGGAUUUACUUGACCAAAUGUUUUCAGAUUCUCCACACAUCAUCAUAGGAUGACCUCACUUUGCAAGUUUAACCCUUACCCUGCUAAAUUUCUAUAAUGAACUUGUCCAUCUUUCAAUUUGGACAGUACCAUUAACUGUUAAAAGGGGUGUUUACCAAAACGAUACUGACUGAAUGGCGAACAGUGCAGACCAUGAUCAGACUGCACGGAUGUGCAGGCUGAUCUUGGUCUGCACUGGUCGCAAAGGCAGAAUCACUUGCCACCAGCAGGCUAAGGGUUAAUAAUUCUGGCUUACAUUUUAGCAAAAUUACACCUCUUUUUCUACUUAGAAAAUGUUGCUAAACCUUUUUGUGUAGAAUGGUAUUGGGUGGAAAGGCUUCAAACAGUUGAGGGUGCUGUCAUCGGACAGCUCUUGUUAAAUGUGAACUUACAAAGUUGUCAUAAAGUGAAGUAAUCAGAAAAAAGUUGAUUCAGUAAUACUUUUUACGCUGUUUAACAAUGCUUAAAUUAAAAAAAAAAUUAUCUGAAAAAAGCUAAAAAAGCCAAAAACAGACAUUACAUUUUAUGUUAAUUCCCAAAAUGCCUGUAACAGUAUUGUAAAUAAAAUAAUAUUGAUCCUCCAAGAUGAUGAUCAUAGCCAUCUACAGUAAAACACAUGCCCCAAGGUACUCUUAGUUUCCAGGGUUUCAAACAAUCCAAUCAUAGACAAUAUAAGAAAAAUGGCUGGUUGCAUGAAUUGCUCAAGUAACCCUCAGGCUGGUGCUUUAACCGUCAGUGCACGAGAGAGCAGAGUGUUUUGUUGCAGAUUGAAUUGUACAACAGGUUCAUUUUAUCAGUAUUUGGUAUUAAAUUAAUAAUAACGUUAAUUAGAAUUUAGUGAAAAUAUCCUUCCAUUGAAAGACUUUAUAGUGAAUAUUUGUCUAAAAUGUUCAUAAAUUUUUAUUAAAAGUAACUUAAUCUUUGACAGCUGAGAAAUAUCAAUACUGUUUAACAUUAAUAAAUGUAUUCAUGUUUUCCAAGUUAGACAGACCUGUUACAAUAAUGUCAAACACAAUUUAUUCAUAUUUAUUUCAUGUUAAUAUACAUUUUGCCUGUGCUUUGUUAAAAUGAUCAUAAAUAGUAAAAAGCCUGAAAAAUA